AGUUGAAAUGCUGCUCGAAUGGUCGCUCUGUUUGUCUGCGGUACGAGCAGUGUGUAGGUGUGGUGUGGUGUGGUGGUGUAGCGGUGUAGCGUAGCGUCUCCAGUUGUACAUGACACCCAUUCAUUCGGGUUUUUAUAUUGGAAUUUAUAAUAAAACUGCAAGCCAUUUAAUUCGUCAGCGGGUUAACGGUUGAUAUUUGUAUUUACCGGUACAGUUCUUCAUUUCUUUUAUGUGUGUGUUCUGAAACCUAGAUCUGCAUUUCAGUAAAGGGGGACUAUCACAAAAGACUAUUAUAUUAUUAUUAUUAUUAUUAUUAUUAUUAUUACACAACAGCAUUAACAAUACUGUACCGCUCGGAUACAGAAAUGAAUGCAAGCGAGCACCUUCCACCUUUGCAGGAAUACGACUUUGAGCGGAGCUUUGAUGAGCGAGAGGCGAUCGAAUGGAUGCAGGAACACUGGAGCAAGUCCUUUGUGUUCUCAGCCCUCUAUGCUGCUGUGAUUUUCGGGGGGCAGCAGUUUAUGAAGGAGAGGCAAAAACUGGAGCUACGCAAACCCCUGGUCCUGUGGUCCCUCAGCCUGGCAGUCUUCAGUAUCGUCGGGGCUGUGCGGACCGGCUGGUACAUGCUCUACAUUCUGGACACCAGUGGCUUCAAGCAGUCUGUGUGUGACCAGAGCUUCUACAGCGGCCCUGUCAGCAAGUUCUGGGCAUACGCGUUUGUACUGAGCAAGGCUCCGGAGCUGGGGGACACAGUGUUCAUCGUGCUCCGGAAGCAGCCGCUCAUCUUCCUGCACUGGUACCACCACAUCACAGUGCUGCUGUACUCCUGGUACUCCUACAAGGACCGCGUGGCAGGAGGGGGCUGGUUCAUGACCAUGAACUACCUGGCCCACGCGCUCAUGUACAGCUACUAUGCGGCGCGGGCGGCGGGCGUGCGGGUGCCCCGCCCCCUCGCCAUGCUCAUCACCACCAUGCAGAUCGCACAGAUGGUCAUGGGGCUGGUGGUCAGCGGCCUGGUCUUCUUCUGGAUGCAGGAUGGACGUUGCUUCUCCUACCUAGACAAUAUCCUGUGGGCCUCCCUCAUGUACCUCAGCUACCUGUUCCUCUUCCUCUCCUUCUUCUAUCAGACCUACAUCAAGGGUGGGAGCAGCAGCAGGUACAGUGGCAGCAACAGCAGCAAGAAGACCGUCAAGGAAGACUAGAGGAGGUUAGGACCAGAGUCUUUGACGUCUGUAGUAUUGGACUGGGUUGAUCUUAGACUUUGCUGUAUUGGACUGGUCAGUAUUGGACUAGGAUUGUUCUGUGUUUGACUAAACUGUAAAAGACUGGACUGUAAUGAUGAAGAAAAUAUUCUUUGACAAACUUGAAUCUUUCUCCUUGAAUCAUCAUAUCGUACAGACUGGAACGGACUGGGCUCUAGGUGACUGGACAGUGUGCUGUGUUGUAUUGGACUGGACAAUUGCUUGUCUGAAUGUGAUGAGACUUGCUGAGGACCUUUUUUAGCCACAAGUUACUGAGUGUGUGUACAGGGGGUGUACCGAGCUGUACCAAACAUACUUGUUUCCAUGUGCUUCCAGUGGCUGUAGGUCCUGGUGGUGGGGUAGGGGGUGGGUGUGAGUGUUAGUGUCAUGCUAAUUGGCAUCAUUGAACCUGAUUGCAGGACACUCUGCAUCUGCUACAUUGUCCUAAACUUACCCGUCUAAUAUCCUGUGUUGUUUAUGUUCUCCCUCCCUCUCAAUGCCAUUCUCUGUUGUUGCUUUGCUCACAGUAAAUCAUUGUUUGUCA